GGAAAAAGGAAGAACCAACAAGAUAGGUUUUUAUAAAUAAUAAAUAUACAAAUAAACUCUUCACCUCUACUUUCUCGUGAAAAAAGAAAAGAAAAAAGAUAAAAAGAAAAGAAAAGUCUCAUGAAGUUACUAUGGUUCAUACUUUUCACGAACCUUUAAAACCCUUUCUUUGCCCCCGUAAAGAUGACAGUUGAGAAAAGCCUGAGCCUGAUAAACUAGUACAACAUUUCUGGUAAUUUACCAACAUUUUUCUCCCCACAAUCAUGUCCGAAAAAUCGCACGAGGAGGCUUUUAAAUCGAUCGAGAAGCUUCCGGAUGACGAAUCCUGGCCGUCGAAUUUGAUUCGGGCACCGUCACUGUCACCUCGCACGCAGACAGAAGAUCAAAAUCCAGGAAACACGAAAGUUGACCAGAAAAACGAAGAGAUUCAAGACGAGGAGAGUGAUUUUUCAAUGGGGAAGCUGAUCAGACAAGCUUCACUGACCAAUUCGGAAAGCUUUCCCCCGAGAAGACAUGUCAAGAAAUUAGCUCCAAACUCUAGCAUAUCAAGGCAUGGGUCAAUAAUGAAGACGGACCUAAGUAAACUCGGGGGCCCGUCCGGCAAGAUCAUUAGAGCUCAACGCGUAAUGAAUCAACUCAAGACACAAAAGAGUAUGAAUGAUCUCGAGUUAUACAAUGAACUCCAAGGUUUCAAGGACUUAAGUUUAGAUCCUGAGUCGUCUAAUGGUCAAACCUCGGCUUCUCCAAACGGUAAGAAAUCAGCGGAGGACAUCAAGGCACAAAUCAAGUUCUGGGCUCGAGCCGUGGCUUCAAACGCGCGUCAGGAAAGCUAGUUAUUCCUAUUCCACGAUUAUGUCCAAUCUUUUCAGUUAAACUGAAUGAAUGACAUGUGUAUAAUAUGAAGUGGAAUAUGGGAUGGGCAGUACGUACUCUACUCAAUGCUAACCUAUAGGUAUAGCAUAGUUUGUUUACUACUUUAUGUGUUACGUUAUUGAAAUUGACUUUAGAAUAACAAGUGAUUUGAUCACUAAGAAACUCUGAUUUGUAAUGUUUGUGCAUUUGAAAUUUCUAUGUUGCGUGAAUAAUAUGAUCAUAUUAUGAUAUAAUAUUGUGUAGCUACAAGUGUAGCAGACAGUCUUUGGUCAAUUGGUAAAGUUACUUGCUAUUUUCUCAUGAUGGGCAUUUGUUUCUUAGGGUUAAUUUGGUUGGGGUGAUGUAUUAGACGGUUUAAAUCAAACAUGUGUUUAUUUAUUAUACGUGAUUGGUGGUUCGAAUAGUGUAUUGCUACACAACGUUUGCUUCUCUAGACAAUUCAAGCGAACGGGAGCCCUCGCACGAAAGGAGUAAAGAGUUGUCAUACGAUGAUUUCGUACAUUUUGCGAAAAUAUUUUGUUUUGUCGUACCGUAACUAAUAAUGGCGCGUCGUAAGUUCACCUUGCGCCUUUAUUGCAUUACAAACUAUAGAAUAUCAAAACAUUACAUCUACAAGGGGACGAUUCGUUCGUACUUUCUUCAAAAACCCGACCCUCAUUGUUUCCGAAAGAUCGAAGCCCCAUUCGGACUAGUCAUCAACUCCUCACGAUAAUGCUCGUCAUUCCCAACAACUUCACGCACUUUCUUGCCAAACUUCUCGAAUUCCUCAUACCUCACGAGCGACCUAUCACCAAACCGAGGCAGUGGGGCCGCGUUCCGAUCCAGAAACUGCAGAACCACGACAGAGACCACCGAGCAAACAAACAUUGGGAUCGGCCCAAAAAUCCAGAACAACAAAUUCGUCGCGAAAUAGAGAGACCUCAAACCGACAACCCAAAAGUUGCUAUCUUUAAUAACCGCGCCCUCGACGUUUUCCACGGGCAUCUCGCAAUUCGGCAUGCUUAUGAGGAAAUUGGCGUGCACGAAACACCUAGCCGUUUGGACAAAACACGCGAAGGCUACCAUGAAGCACGCGAGUAGUGACACGUACUUGAGGUAAGCAACCGUGGGGCUCGUGUUUCCGUACACCGUGUCGGUUAGGUAUUCAUUGUGGUACGAGCUCCCGAUCCACGCGCCAAUAAGCGAACUCAAUGCAAGGGAGAUUGAGGCUAGUGACGUGGCGGCCGAUAUGUUGGAGCUUAUGAUGGAAAUCGCUUGGCCUCUCUCCUUUGGCUCGACCUGCGAAAGCUCGUCCGUCGUCAGUAGAAAUAAGUUUAUUCUCGGCUAGUCGAUUGCUCGGGAAAAGCGAGUAGGCUCACCUGCAAGAUUCGUGCUACCCAAGCCCGCCGGUUGUGGUUUUCGUAGCCGAUGACCGUGGUCUCGGGGCAGUUGAGGCAUUUGUGAAGGUGAAAGAGAUGGUAGCCAAAAAAGAUGAUGAGACCACUUGGGACUAGGAUAAGAUCCAAGUAUUCUUCCUUCCAUGCUAGCACCAUUUCUUCUUAUUCUUCUUGUACUAGAUUGAAAUUUGUAGUGUGUGUGUGUGUGUGUGU